CUGCAGCCAAUCAGGCGUGCUCUGACAAUCUCCUAACCAGGAAGUGCUGUGCUGGCUUCACGUGGGUACUGGAUGCUGAUAAUGUCCUGUUCUGUGAGGGACCUUUGCUCUGCCUAAUGCCCCUGUUCCUGUGCUUGUCCCUUUGUCUGGACUUUGUUUGAGUCAGUCUGGCACGUUCUGCAACUUCUGUACCUUUGGAUUGCUGUGGGGGGCUGAGCAAUUUGGAUUAUUCUCAGGUGAAUCUGACCAUCAUGGCAGACGUGCUGCAGUACGUGGUGCUGACGGACUUCCAUUUUCUUGUUGCUUUGCUCUGUAUAGUCUUCAAUCCUUUGUUCUGGAAUGUGGUUGCAAGAUGGGAGUACCGGACUCACACCAUCACUAGGCUGUUUGGGUCUCCGUACAUUGGGUGCUACAGUUUGGGUGUAGUCAUUAUUUUCCUAGCCGUCCUACGGAGUCACUGUUUUACAGAAGCCAUGAAGAAUCAGUCCCAUCUAGGGGCGCUGGAGAACACUGGCGUUUAUUACCUGAGCUGGAUGUUGAUUGGCGCAGGCGGAGUGCUGGUGGUUUCCAGUUUCCUGGCACUGGGUUUUGUCGGAACCUAUUUGGGAGACUACUUUGGGAUUUUAAUGGAAAAGAAGGUGACCGGCUUCCCUUUUAACAUCAUGGAAAAUCCGAUGUACUGGGGCAGCACUGCCAACUACCUGGGACUGGCCCUCUUGAACUCCAGUCCCGCCGGCCUCGUCCUCACAGCGGUGGUGGCUCUGUGCUACAAGGUGGCCAUUUUGUAUGAGGGGCCUUUUACAGUGGAAAUCUACCGCAAGAAAGAUUCUGCAAAGAAGAAAAAACCAGGGAAACUGCAAUGAGAUCCCACCGUGAACUUCUCACUUCAGAACGUGGCACCUUCCUUGCACCGGGGUAGAAUUCUGGUUUCCGUUAACUACCGGCCAUUGUGUCUCCCUCCUCCUUACCUGUGACCUGUUUCAGUGUUAUUACACUCAAGUUCGUUCCUUUUAUUAGUUAUUAUGCUUUUAUUCUGGUUUUAAGCAACAUUAAUAAUGCAACAAGUCAAGGGGAAGAGGCUUUCAGUUUCUUCUGUUUUGAUAUAAAUGUACUUGAAUUCCGCUGCCAAACAUGUGGUUAUCAUUUCGGCAACAAAAGUCUUCAUGCACAAGCAGUUCAAUACGAGGGUACAACUCACUGUGCACAGAUGUUGCUGGACUACAGCUUCCAGCAUUCUUCAACCUAUAAUCAAGGGUGAAAGCAUGCUGGGAGUUGUAGUCCAGCAACAUCUAGGGAACCAAGGUUAAGCAGAAAGGGGCCUGAGGAGUCUUUACAUUUGUACAUUAGGCAUCUGUACCUUUGCUUGGUCAUUUUCAUCCAACAAAUAAAGUUCGGUUGGAAGUGAGCCCUGAUUGGUUGGAAGACCUUCUAUAAAGUCGGUCACUGUUUACUGUAUAAAGUUUGACAAUAAAACGGUUUUAUAAUGA